ACCAGCGACACAGCCUUCAACGCAAGCUGCUACAGGUGAGAUAAUUAUUGGCUUUCAUGUGCUGCAGCGAAGAGAAAGGUCAUCGGCUUCAAUCUACAAUACAGCUCAUGUAGUUUCUAUUAUUUGGUCGAGCCUGUUAAAAACACAAAAUACGGACGUUACUAACUAAAAUAUGCAUUUACUACAUUUAUAUUAGAACGUGAAGAAGGCUGCAGGCGGUCGUAGUCGCGCAUCAUCUCUCCUUUUCGCCCUCAGCGCGAAAAAGGCGGACUUUUUGGGGGGGCAACCUUCAAGGAAUUUAGUUUUUGUGUGUCCCUGAAUUUCCAGCUGGAAUGAACAUGUCUCCUUCACGGUCUAUAUUGCUGGUGGGAGAAGGGAACUUCUCAUUUUCUGCCUCUCUGAGCCAGUUAUACUCCGACACGGAGACCAGCAUCACGGCCACUUGCCUGCAGCAUCAGGACGAGGCACUGCGGCACGAAGGCGCAGCCAGUAACAUCAAGCUCAUCAAGGACUCAGGUGGGGAGGUGAUUUUCGAGGUGGACUGCAUGAAGCUGGAGCAGUGUGCCUCUCUGCAGGGCCGUGUGUUUGAUCGCGUCGUGUUUAACUUUCCUCACUGCGGGAGAAAGAGUGGGGUUAAAAAGAACAGAAAUCUUCUCAAAAACUUCUUCCUCAGUUGUGUUCAGCUGUUGUCUGAAGACGGGGAGGUUCAUGUUGCCUUAUGCAGCGGACAGGGUGGGACACCUGCGGACCAGCCGAAGCGAGAGUGGCACAACAGCUGGCAGGUGGCUGCCAUGGCAGCAGAGGCACACCUGAUCCUUAAUGACGUCCGUCCUUUUGAGUGUGAGAAAUACCUGAGCUACAAGUGCACUGGAUACAGGAGCCAGGAUAAGGGCUUUCAUGUGGAGAAAGGUUUGCUGCAUGUGUUCACUCGCAGCCUCCCCUACAGCCCCGCUCAGACACUUAAGGUUGAGGAGGCUGUUGAAGGGGACAGAGUCCAGUACAACGUACCAGCUGAGCUCAGUGAUUAUGUGUUCAGGGGAUUUCUCUGCUCAGGUUCUAUUCACCCUGUCAGGUUGGUGCAAGAUUUUCUCCUCAAAGGUGUGGCAGAGAAGUGGUCUGUCUCCAUGAUGACAGAGACCAUUCCCUUCCUCCUCACGACCAAACAGCUGCAGGCGUGUGGCCAUGACUUCAACAGUACACACUGCUACUGGAUCCAUCUGCUUCAGAAAGACCUCAACUCUGACGCUCACACCUCUGCAGACAAAGAGCAAGACCCCGACACCCUGUCAACCGCAUGUCUUACCUCAGAUAAAGUGGACAGGGUGAGGAGCAACGGAGCUGAGCGCUUAAGGUCUGCAUGCUCUCUUGACGUUGAUCCUGAAGGGGAGAGUGGUCUUUACAUGCUGCGUCCAUCACUGCUCCCCCACAUGGAAGAGCUACUGAUUAAAAAAGAGGUGAUAAACAAUGCAGGGAAUAAUGAGCAGAAUAAGGCGAAUAAUACAAGUAUUGAAGCUGAGGAACAUGUGACAGAGGGCUGUAAUGGUGUCAGCAGCUUGUUAUUUGGCAUUAGCGGCCUGGUGUUCAAGAACGUGCCUGUCAACAUCUGGGCUCUACCUGCCUUUCACGAACUCCUUCUCAGGGGUGUUUUCCCUUUAGAGUGUGAGCCAAUCAAACUGCUCGGGCAGAGGCUGGAAACGCUGCUCGCACCCUAUGGCGUCUCCCUCGUCACAGACCUAAAGGGUCUGCGCCUGAUAGCACAGCCAGUGGGUUUGGUUGGUAAGGUGUCAGCAAGAAAUGCAAAUAACAUGUGCAAUGUCACUGUAUCCUUAAAUUUGGACCUCCUUGCCGUGCUCCUUUUUUCACUCCCCGACUGGCGGCUGCUGUGGUCCCACGACCCGCGCUUUUUACAACAAUAUGCACCUGGGAAAGCUUUCCAGCCAUUCUCCCUGUACCCUGAGCACUUCAGCUUUGACAUCAGCUUCUGGACAGGGCCCACGUGGGAGGAGAGAAAGUUCUACGCCGUUAUCCGAGAAGCCAGCCACGGCACAGUGGAGCAAGUCAAACUCAUUGACACAUUCUCACAUCCUGACCUGAGCCAGACCAGCUACUGCUACAGACUCAUCUACCACUCUCACACACACGCUCUGUCACACACACAAGCCCUCACAUUUCACAAAGACCUGCAAUCCGUUCUUACCUCUCGGUUGCAAGUCACCAUCAGGUAGCAACGUUUGAAUCUCUUGGAGGAUCAGGGCUUUAACGUCUAAUUUAUUUCACAGACAUCGUAAUUACAAGUCUGUCUAUAUCUGCUAAGUAUAAGUGUAUACUCUGCAAAACUGUAGUUGAACAGUGUUUACAGUAGGUGGCAUUGUGUGCUAUUGUAUAAAUGGGAAUUCUGUGAAUCUGUGUUUAAGUUAUCAUUAAAUAAACAUGUUAUUUAACAUAAA